ACAUUAAAAUGCAUAUCGGUGAUCAACAUUAUCCGAAUAAAGUGCAUUUACAUUACAAUUUUAGCGAGUACUAAGUAGAAAGCAAAAGAAAAAAUAAUCACUUUGUACACAAACUCACGUGGUUCGAUUACACGCGGUCCAAGUAAACCUAACCAACAGAAUUAAACGCCAGUUAGUUAUUCAAUAUCCAGUAGACAACAUUAUUGCGCGUCCGAACGUUUUGACAUUGAAAAAUCUCGCUGUAUGAUCGAUUUUUUGUUAGUUUAGUGAAUUUUUCUCAAAUCUGCAAACGCAAAAGAAUAUGAUAUCAUCAGUGACAGUAGUAUUUAGCAAAAUCCAAAACUGUUUUGCUAUCAUUCGUCUAUGUAAUAAAUUUAAUCGUGACUAAAUAAACAACAGGCUGUUCGAAGACGACAUCAAACAAAGAAUAGGUACUUGAGUUGUAUUAGUUACUAAAAAUGAGUUCGUUUAAAGUCAAGGUUCUGUACGAUUUUCAAGGAGAGGCCAAUACUGCAGAAAUGAGUAUUGUUGCAGGUGAAACUUUAACUGUAACAAGAACUGAUGUAGGAGAAGGUUGGUGGGAAGGUUUUAACAGCAAAGGCCAAUCUGGUCUCUUUCCUGAAGCUUAUGUAGAAAAAAAUAUUUCAUCCCACCCUCCAAAUAUUCCAGCACCAGUUUUGCCACCUCAGAAUGACUGGGGGGACUCAAAUCAAAAAGACGAUUGGGAUGAUGAUGACGACUGGGAUGAUGACACUGUGUACUCUGAAGUUGGAAACAAUCAUGGUCAACAUCAGAUCUACAGUAAUGAACCAAACCAAAAUCAGAUAUCUCACCACUUUGAUAACAUGUCUCUGGGUGGUAUUAGUACAACAGGUGAUAAUAAAGGAACAGUUACGAAGAAAAGUUUGAACAUAUUUUCCUCAUAUGUCAAAAGUGGAUUAGAAGGAUAUAUAUUAGGAAAUUCCGCGAAUUUACCAGUAGCCAAUAAAAAAUUUGUCAUUUUUCGAGAUAGCGACGAUAUUUUAGGAAGAUGGGAAGUGAUUUCGAACCCAUAUACAGUUCAAAUAGCAUCUCCAAAGAAAGCGUCCAAAAUGGGAGGAUUAAAAUCAUUCAUAGCAUAUCAAUUGACCCCAUCUUUUUCAAAUGUGGAAGUUUCUAGGAGAUAUAAGCACUUUGAUUGGCUACAUGAUAGGUUAACAGCAAAAUUUAAUGUUAUAGCUAUACCUCCUUUACCGGAUAAGCAGGUAUCUGGCAGAUAUGAAGAACAGUUCAUAGAACACAGAAGAGCACAACUUCAGGAAUUUAUAAAUUACAUGUGUAGACAUCCGGUACUAAGUACAUGUGAAGUAUGGCUUCAUUUUCUCACAUGUACUGAUGAAAAACAAUGGAAACAGGGUAAAAGGAAUGCUGAAAGGGACCAGUUAGUAGGCGCCAAUUUUUGUAUGUCAAUCGAAGCGCCAGAAAAGGAUAUUUUAGCUUCUUUAUCUGAACCAAAAAUAGAAGAAAAUCUCAAUUAUAUGAUAAGAUUGGAUCAAUGUAUUAAAAAUUUAAUGAAUACGGCCCAAGAUCAACACAAAAAAUGUAUUAAUAUGUAUAAAAGGGAAUUUAUGAGGAUAGGAGAGUGUUUCUUUGCGCUAGGAUCGGCUUUUGAGUACAAUCAGCAAGGAAUGUACUCAAAAGCUUCUGUAGAUGUUAAAAAUAUUGGAACAACUUAUAUGGCAAUCGGAAAACUAUAUGGAGAACAAGCAAAAAUAGAUUGGCAACCUUUAUUUGAUAAACUUUAUAUUUACAAAGGCAUUACGAACGACCUUCCAAAUAUACUCAAUCUACAAAAACUCUCCGAACAAAAGAAGAAAGAAUGCGAACGUAAUUCUCAAGGACCACAAAGCGCUAUAGCAGAUAUUAGAAGAAGAGCUGAUGUUUUGACGUACACAGUAUUCGCCGAAUUAAAUCAUUUUCAACAAGAACGCGAUACCGAUUUACGACUAACAAUGAGAACUUUCUUGCAGGAACAAUUGAAUUUUUAUAAAAAUAUUGUAAUGAAAUUAGAAGAAACACUAGAUAAAUUUGAUUGAAAUUAUAACUUCUUGCCCAGUGUUAAAUAGUAUACAGGUUAACCAAAAAUUAUUUUUUGGUUUGUUACAGGAAAUAUCUAGUUCUUUAAUAAAUUGAAGAUAUUUUUCAACAGUUCGAGGUAUUGGAAACUUUGAAAAUGUCUCGAUUGACGACGAUUUUUUUUUUUUCGUCUACCUGUAAUCAACAUUUUCAACUAGAGUGAAAAAAAAUGAUAAGUUAACGAAAAAUCUGGAACCAAAAGAAAUAAUGUUUUAAUGUGGCGAUUCACAAAAAGAAUUAUCCGAUAUUGGUCACAAAGAAUCCAAAAAAGAAUAUUUUCAUCAAAAGAAGCAAGCUUUUUGUAUAUUAAGCAUAUUAUAUCUACUGUUUCUAAUAUCCUAGAUAAUAUGAAAAAUUUAAAACCAAAAAAAUAUACAAAACAGUGAAUUUUAUUGAAUUUAUUUUCAAUCUGAAAAUAUUUUCUGCAUUGAAUUCAAAUCUUAUUCUAUUAUAUUGGUUUGUGUGGUUAUACAAAAUGAAUCUUAUGAUACUAAACACACUUUUACACUACCACAAACCUCAUAAUUACACUGUCCGAGGUAAACUCAGCCUUCAGUCUCUGAAAACGAUAACUUGGUUAUCAAAACGCGUUAGACAGUGUAAUUGUGAGUGGUGGUGUAAACAGUGUAUUCAGUAUGAAUACCAAAUGUUCAAAAAAUUCUUACUUACAACCUUACGAAAAAUUGUGAACAUAAAUAAAAACUCAUUUGUUAGGAAUUUACAUUACAAGACUAUUUGAGUGCUAGAGAUUCAGCCUGACAUCGGUAUAGAGACAUGUGAUUUUUUGAUACUUAUGAAACGACUCACAAUUUGUAGUUGGUAGUUAUCCAUUGGAGUCAUUGAAAAGGUCUAUAUCUUCACUACUCUGUUUUUGUGACUAGUACUUUAAAUAUGCAUUGUCAGUACUUUCCUCAGUGUUGUAUAAUAUUGUUCUUAGUAUGACUACAUAAAACAUUUUGGUCUUUAUUGUAAUGAAAUAUGAGCCGUCCAGUAAACAAAGUGAUUAUCUCCAUAAAACAAAAUGUUGAUAAAUAUGAUGAAUAUAUUUUUUUUAAAAUUCCUCUUAUAAUAUAAAUUUAAAUAUAUAAAGUAGAAUACAUAAAUACAGGGUUUGUCCGGAAAGUAAUAGGACUGAGUCGAUUUAAAAAAUCGUAUUGAUCAAAUGCGUCGAUGCAGCGCUGCCAGCGCGAUUUCCAAACAUUGAAAAGCCUUUUCAGGCGAGGAAACAAAAAAAAGUCCGGGGGGCCACAUCUGGGCUGUAGGGCGGCUGCGGAAGCGUUGAAAUGCCGGCCUUAGUCAGGUAGCUGUUCACAAGAAAGGCGGUGUAAGCCGGGGCGUUGUCGUGGUGCAACUUCCAGUCUGCUGCGAUGUCUUUUCGGACCCGAUUGACCCUUCGUUUGAGUCUCUUGAGCACUUCCACGUAAAACUUGGCGUUGACGGUUUGUCCAGGAGGAACAAAUUCAUGGUGGACGAUGCCUUUGAUGUCAAAAAAGACAAUGAGCAUCGUUUUCACUUUGGAUUUGCUCAUUCUUCCCUUUUUUGGGCGAGGAGACCCCGGUUUGUGCCACUCGGAAGAUUGCCUCUUUGUCUCGGGAUCAUACUCAAAGAUCCAUGACUCGUCACCUGUGAUUACGUUAUUCAAAAAUUGGGGUCACUUUCACACAUGUUCGAAUUUUCUUUUCUUGGCACACUUCCACUCGCCGCAAUUUCUGGUCGUCAGUGAGCACUUUUGGGACCAUCUUCGCGCACACCUUGCGCAUGUUCAAAUGCUCCGUCACAAUGUCAUGAACCACAGAUUUUGGUAAAUUUAACAUCUGGGCAAUCAAACGAAUACUUAGUCGACGGUCUGUGUUUAAAACUUUGCGCACACGAGUAACAUUGUCGGUGUUUGUCGAAGUCGAAGGUCUUCCAGCACGGUCUUCAUCGGCGACCUCUUCCCGGCCCUCCAAAAAGGCCUGGUGCCACCGAAACACACCACUUCUUGCUAAAGCAACAUCUGGGUAAGCCUGCUUGAUCAUAUCAAACGUCUCUGUCGCAGAUUUACCGAGUUUCACAUAGAUUUAAUCGCGUACCUCUGCUCUAACGAACGCUGUAUUUUCGGCUUGCACAACUCACAGAAACACGUCGCGCGAAAAUGCCUGUCCUGACUCUCCAGGUGCUCGGAGACAACUGACCAGCCGCUCGUUUGUUCGCUAGGAACGCCCUCUACCGAAACCAGUCGGUGCGCGCACGCUCUGAAGUACAAUCGCGGCGGAAGAAAAUCAGUCCUAUUACUUCCCGGACAAACCCUGUACAGAUAUGGUGUUCAUGUAAAGUGAUAUAAAAUUAAAAGAAAGAAUAGCAAAAAAUAAUCGACAGUAAUUUUACAGUUUUUAUGUGACUGGUGACAUGGCAAAUUUUCUCAGAAAAGACCCUAAAAAUUUUUAGAUAUUUAUUAAAAUUUUACACUUUAAUUAUUUAUGUUUAUCAUUGUAACAUGGAAUCUCACGUUUUUCGUGUAGAGUGUAAAAUUUUCAUAAAUAACUACAAAUUUACAUAAUUAUUAAAAUCAUUUCAGAUGCGAGUUUUUUUCUACCUUUUCUGAAAAAAUUUAUCAUAGCGAUGGUAAUAUUUUUUACACCAACAAAAAUUAAACAUUUCAACAAAGAAAACGGUGAUAUUUUGACGUGAGAAUUUCCGAUUGAAAAUUAUGGUGCUUUUUCAAUAUUAGGUCAAAAUGAGAUUAAAAAAUUAAUAUUUCAAAUCAUAUGAAUUACAGUGUACUUGAGACAUAAAAAAAUGAGUUUUCACCAAAUUUGGUGAAAAGAAAAAUGUUUUUUGUUAUAGAUAAAAAUAAAAAACUAAAAACGUGGUUAUUUCAAUUUUUCACAUAAAUUAUUCAAGGGCAAGAAUUUUUUGCUGUGUAGUGGUGUUAAUCUUCAUUAUUCAGUUAUUAUAAACAUAAAAAUUUAUGACUAUACCAAGUGCUUUGGCACUUAAAUUCAAGAUUUUUCAAAAAGUGGAAUUGAUCAAUGUGUGCACCGAACGGCUCAUAUCUUUCAUAUUAUUCUCAGUCACCUGCUAUUUUGUUUUCUUUCAAAGCUCUAUUUUUGGUGUGUCUAAUGCAUUAUCACUAAAUUAAAACCGUUUGAAGAAAAUACUACCAUUGUGAAACAUUUUAAAAUCGAAAUCUAUGUCUAGAUGUUUACUGUACCUGUGAUAGCGCAUUUUACUUUUUUUAUUGUAAAUAGCAACUAUUAAGCUUACAACAGAUUUCAUUAUUAUGAAACUGUAUAAAGCGAGAGGUAAGACUUCAACUAAAUUGUGUGUAAAUAUUUAUUUUAUUUUAAAAAGAAAUAUUAGUUACAAGGGUAUCGCCUUAUUUCUUGUUCAAUAUAAGCUUCUUGAAUUGUGAAAAAUCUUUGGAAUAAUUUAACUUGCUAAUUAAAAAGUAAAUCUCCAAAAUUGACAUGUCUUCUUUUGUUUGUUUUUUCAUAAUUUCUAUCAAGGUUGGUGUGUUUAUAUCAAUCAUGAAGGUUCAUUAAUGAUCUUAGAAUUAUUUCAAGAGUUAGACAAUCCGAACAAAAAUAAUCUUAUCUACUUUCUGCAUUUAUAUUCUCAUUUUUUUUUUCAAAAAAUGUAACAUGUAAUAUUAUAUACCAGUACAAGGUUUGUAGAGGUUUUUAAAGGUAUGCUUAAGAAUCGGUCCGAAUAGUUUUAUCUUAAAAGGGCUCGAAGCCGUAUAAUAAACAUUUGGAUAAAAACGAUUUAAUUAGAUUAUGUCCACCUAAUAUCGGUAGUUUACGUUUGACAAAAUAGCAAAAAUCGCAUCUACUUAAAAAUCUUUUGUAACCAUGUUAGUAGCUACCGUAACACAUAAUUUCAAUUCUAUAAACACAAAUAUGUGAAUGGAGUUCACAGAUUAUUCAGUUACCAUAAUAUUAGAAAAUUGUACCAUAUACUAUUUAUACAUAAAGCUUGUCAAAUCUGUUUUUGAGAAAAAAAUGUAUAAAUUCAUUUGAAGAGAGUGAAGAUGAAAUAAUUUGUAGGGAAACUCUUAUAACUAAUGAUACUAAUGGGUUGGACGAUCUGGAUAUACGUUAAUUUUAGUAUAGAAGAUUUUUUGGAGAAAGCAUCUACAUUAUUAAAGCAGGUGAAAUGUUUCCAAAAGAUUUCAUAAAUAAUUUCUCCAUAUUCAAAAACAUAGACGAACAUAACUUUUUUGUUGUCUAUAUUUAUAUUAUCAUUUUACAACAAUAAUUUAACUGAAAAAGACACGGCUAUAAACGAUUUAUAAAGUGCUUCAAGAAUUAUGUAUUACAAUAAUUUAUAAUUAAUAUGUCCCAAAAUCCACGUUUCCUAAAACAGAAUACUAAUCGAUAUAUAAACCUUUAAAAGGAUGACUUUUGAAGUAGUUUCAAGAUAGUGUGACUUUAACAAUUGUUUCUUAUACUUUAUGAACAAAAAAAUAACACGGUUUUCAAUUUAUUCUAAGUUGAUGGUAUAAAUGUACUUGACUGUUAAUGAAAAUGUGACCUUACAAACCUCAUUUAUUAAGCAGAAUGAUUAUUCAUAUGGGGCAGGCAAUAACAUGAAUCAGCUUAGUCACUAUCAAAAUAUGACUGUGCUCAGUUCGCAUUAUUUCACUCCAGUAAUCCAGUCUAGUGUUGAACUGGAUUAUAUCGUUCACAUUCCAAAAAGCUGUUAAAUUGGUAACACAAUGCUUUCAAGAAAGAAGUAGAAAUUGUUUUAUUAAUUAUUACCGUUAGAAGAAGAGCUGAAGAGGGUGAAAAACACAUAUUCUCUAUACAAAAAAGUAAAUUGAAAAAAAUUUCCAACGCUGGAUUGGAAUAAUGAGAACCGGGCUUAAUCGUAACCGUUUGGUAAAAAAAUGAUAUUUUCAGUCCAUCCCUUUAUAGAGUUGUAUCAGCUCUAUUUUUAAGUUCUAAAAAAAUGUAGACAUUUUUCUUUGGAUAUACUAUAACUCUAGAAAUUAAAGUACAUAAUUCUGGACCACCUUGUAUAAUUUAUGUUAAUUAUCUUUAAUUAUAAAGCCGCCUCAUCUAAUACCCUCAAUUUUUUAUAAAAUUUCAUAAAUAAAUUAGAUGCUGCAGCUUUAACUUAACCUAUAUUAUAAUGUAUGUAAUGAAACUUUCUAAUUCAAAUUAUUUUGCAAAUAUAUAAAUAUUUAUAUAUUUAAUUUUCUUUAUUGCUUCAGCCAAAGUAUUGUAAACUUCAUAAAUUAAAUGAAUAUGUAAUUAUUAUUAUUUCAUUUAUAUGUCAUAAUGUCAAAAAGUAAUUUAGUGAAUUUUUUUAAAGAACUGUCUAAAUUCAAGGAUGAAAUGAGACAGUAUAUUCAAUUUUAGAAGAAGUGUCAAAUUUAUGAAAGCUUCCUUAACUUAGGUUCCAUAGCUAUAUUUGAUUCCUAUAUUUUGUUUUAUAAACUUUAUUAUGAAAAACUGCAUACGUCAUUUAAAUAUUAUAUUAUUUAUUUUGCAAUGAUUCCACUAUUUGUCUCCAUACUGUUUAUUAUAUUGCUUUUGAAAAGUUGUAUCUAAUAAUCUUUUAAUAUAUCAUUUGUUGAAAUUUAAA